CAUCGACAACACGGGCCGAGACGCUUCCGUGAUGGCGGCACUUCGCGCCGAAAUACUUUAGCUUGUGCUGUAUGUUUAUGUGUCACGUUAAAGCUCGUGUGUAACGGCGUCGGUUGGAAAAGCACCGGCCUGCCACUUCAAGAGUAAGGCAGCUCAAUAUCGGCGGCAAUGAUCCUCCGCAACGCCAUUGCCGGGAGGAAGCGCACACGACAAAGUGAGGACGAUGGCACCGACCACUCGGGUCUCGACCCGGACGACUUCUUUUCCGAAUUAGACGACGGGCUCAAUGAGUCGAACGAUAACUCCUCAGAAGUCGAGUUCGGCACCAGGUCCCGCGGAAAGCGACGUCGGGUAGGUGAAGGCGGCCGCGGAAGAGGACGCGGGCGCGGUGGUGGCAGAGGCCGUGGAGGGAGACGCAAUGCAUCGGAAAGCAUAACAAGCGAAGACCCGGGCACUCUUUACGACGUGGUCAGGCUUGGUCGCCACUCGCUCACCGCCGUGGUCGACGACUGGAUAGAGUCCUACAAGCAAGACAGAGAUGCUGCUCUUCUGGACCUAAUGACUUUCUUCUUCCACUGUUCUGGGUGCAAGGGCCGCAUCACACCUCAGAUGCAGGUUACCAUGGAGCACAAUCAGAUCAUUAGGAAAAUGACUGAAGAGUUUGACGAGGAGAGUGGCGACUACCCGCUCAUUAUGACGGGCCCCCAGUGGAAGAAGUUUCGGCAGACCUUCUGCGAGUUCGUGCAAAUUUUGGUGCGCCAGUGUCAGUACAGCAUCAUCUACGAUCAGUUCUUAAUGGACAAUGUGAUCUCCAUACUCACUGGAUUGUCCGAUUCACAGGUUCGUGCUUUCCGGCAUACAUCCACACUAGCUGCAAUGAAGCUGAUGACGGCACUUGUUGAUGUGGCUCUCAACUUGAGCAUCAGCUUGGACAACACCCAACGUCAAUAUGAGGCAGAGCGGCAGAAGAACAAGGACAAACGUGCAACUGAGCGUCUUGAACUGCUCAUGACCAAACGCCAGGACCUGGAGGAAAACAUGGAAGAGAUAAAGAAUAUGCUGACUUACAUGUUCAAAAGCGUGUUUGUCCACCGCUAUCGAGACACACUUCCUGAAGUGCGUUCUAUUUGCAUGCUGGAGAUUGGCCAGUGGAUGAAGCGGUUCCACCAGCACUUCCUUGAUGACAGUUAUCUCAAGUACCUGGGCUGGACCCUGCAUGACAAAGUGGGAGAUGUGCGACUGCGGUGCCUGCAAGCACUGCUUCCCCUGUAUUCUUCUGAAGAGCUAACAAGUAAGAUGGAGCUUUUUACCAACAAAUUCAAAGACCGCAUAGUUACCAUGACUUUGGACAAGGAGUAUGAAGUAGCUGUCCAUGCCGUCAAGCUUGUCAUUAGCAUCCACAAGUUCCACAGGGAGAUCCUGACUGAUAAGGACUGUGAGCAUGUCUACGAGCUUGUGUACAGCUCGCACAGAGCUGUUGCUCAAGCUGCUGGAGAGUUCCUCAAUGAGAGGCUUUUCCAGCCCGAUGAAGCAGCAGUGCAAGGUCUGCGCACAAGACGUGGCAAGAAACGUUCAGUGAACACGCCGCUGAUUCGUGACUUAGUGCAGUUUUUUAUUGAGAGUGAACUGCAUGAGCAUGGUGCCUACCUUGUGGACAGUCUGAUCGACAGUAACCCUAUGAUGAAAGACUGGGAAUGCAUGACUGACCUUCUGCUUGAAGAGCCGGGGCCAGAGGAAGAGCAGCUGGAUGAUCGGCAAGAAACCUCCCUAAUUGAGAUUAUGGUCUGCUGCACCAAACAGGCCGCUACGGGUGAACCACCAGUGGGAAGGGGACCCAAUCGCAAACAGAUGUCAAACAAGGAGAUGAAGCAGGUGGCUGAUGACCGUGUCAAGCUGACAGAGCACUUUAUACAGGCACUGCCAAGCCUUCUCAGCAAGUACAUCGCAGACCAGGAAAAAAUUGCCAAUCUUAUGGUGUUGCCACAGUAUUUUGAUCUGGAGAUCUACACUUCUAGCAGACAAGAGAAGUCCCUUGACUCGCUGCUGAAACUGAUACAAGAGAUUGUUGAGCGUCACGACAACACAGAAGUGCUUGAAACGUGUGCCAGAACCUACGAGGCUCUGUGCAGUGAAGAACUAGCUGUUCAUUCGCGUUGUGCUGUGUCGAGGGGAACACUGAUUGAUUCUCUUGUUGGCCGAUACAAGCAGGCGCUGGCUGCUUAUGCAGAAGCAGGAGAGGAUGCUGAUGAUGACGAUAUCUACGCGGUCCAGUCAGCACUCAAGAAAGUAUCGAUCUUCUAUGGAUGCCACAACUUGGGUCCCUGGACCAUCUGGGAGGGAAUCUUUGACUAUUGGGUCAAAGGUGCCGGAGAGCGCAGCUUGUCUCUGGAAGGUGUCAAGCACGCAAUUUCGUGCUGUUCAUCGGGUAUCAUGUGGGACCUGGCAGUGCUGGAUGAAGGCAACAUUCAGAUGCCACACGUGCAUGCCUUGAGAAACCGUCUCCGGGAGUUCAUGGACACCAUGGUGUAUAUGCUUCGCCAUUGCACUGGUGCCUUGCAGGAAGAGGCCUUUGUGAGCAUCUGUGACCUGCUCAUCAUCUUCUGCCGGCAGCUGGGCGACAGUGAGCCCUUCAGUGCUCUUGUCUACGAACCUGAUCGUGCCCUGCAGGCAAACCUAGGUGAGUUCAUCCAGAACAACGUUUUUGUGGAAGAUGACUCAGCCGCUGAUGACGAGCAAGAUGAACACCGCAAGAUUGAAGAGCUACACAAGCGCCGCAACUUCUUGGCCUCCUUCUGCAAGCUCGUUGUGUACAAUGUCAUCAGUGUACGUCAAGCUUCGGAUGUCUUCAAGCACUAUGUUCGCUUCUACAAUGACUACGGGGACAUCAUCAAAGCAACAUUGGGGAAAGCUCGCGAGAUCAAUAAGGUCAACUGUGCACGCACCAUGGUACAGUCGCUCACAUCUCUCUUCAAUGCACUGGACCGAGACCAACUGGGAAAUAUUGCCCGUCAGGAUGAAGGUUUCGUUGCCAUCAAAGAACUGGCCAAACGGUUUGCCUUGUCCUUUGGCCUUGACCAAGUCAAGAACAGAGACUCAGUCGCAGCUCUUCAUCGUGAAGGCAUCAUUUUCGCUUGUACGCCAUUCGAGAACCCGCUGAAUCCCCUGGGGCCACCGCCAAACCUUCCUUUCCUGGAGCUUCUUUGUGAGUUCACAAACAAGUUAAUGAAGCUGGACAAGAAGGUCGUACUUCAGUACUUGGACAGACAUGUCCAAGCCAAACUGCCAGCUUCGCGAGCUGAUGACUGGCAGCCUCUGCUCCUUUACCGCACCAGCCUCGUCCAUGGCGAAGCUGAGCAACCUGUGGCGAGAGCACCAGGACGUCAAUACCGGGGAAGAAAGCGCCAACGUGAAGACGAUGACCACGCGGAAGAAGAGGAAAUAGACCAGGACUCAGACAGGGGCUCAGAAUCAGAGUUUCGGCAGUGAGCCGAAAUCAUCUCUCAUUGUAAACUAUUGAGUACCUUGUCUCAUUGUGUAUUGGUCAGAGCCCCUGUGUUUGGCUGUGCACAAGUUUGUAUUAUUUUUAGUUUGCUCCAUGCACGAAGGCUUGUAUAAUCCGAUGUGCUGAGUAUGGAAAUGGCAGAUUGCCCGAAAUGUCAAAGGUUGCCAGUAACAUUUUCACACCCAUUUUGUGAAAUUCAACAUUUGACAUUCAUGCUAUGCCUAUGUUAAAUUAUUAGUUCAUUCUGGCUCCUGCAAGAGGCAACAAGAUGCUGCAAGUUAGUUUCCAAAAUUCUCUUUGUUGCUUCUUGUAUCAGGCACCAACUUAUUCGUUUCUAAUGAGUUUGACAAGCACCGUUCUUGAGCAUUCCAUUACACAACAUGGAUGCCCAAAUGCGUUCCAUUGCUGGCUGUGGCUAAAAGAGGCUGUUGAAUCAGUAGCUUUGCUUUUUCUAGCAUUCUCUUUGUAUGCAAGGCAGUGUACAUAGAUACUUUAUUAAAGCAUUCAUUUUA